GUAAAAAUGACAUUUCAUAACCAAAAACUCAGCACCUAUAAAAACGUCAAAUUAGAUUCCAGCAAAACUCAACCUGACAUUUUUUUCUCUCGAAGAGAAAAGUCGAAAAACCAACAGAAGAAUUUGAAUUUCUCAUCUCCUCUCUCGAAAUGUCUGACUCAAGCAGAUCGCUGAUCCCGAGCUUUCUCUACUCGUCCGAUCAUCGUCUUUUUCAGGCGACGACCAUGAGUACUCACCUUAAAUCACAGCCGUUGAUUUCUCCGACUAAUUCUUCAGUCUCAUCCAACGGUACCAGUUUCGCCAUCGCGACGCCGAAUGAAAAAGUGGAAAUGUACUCGCCGGCGUAUUUCGCGGCGUGUACGGUCGCCGGGAUGCUGAGCUGCGGUAUCACCCACACGGCGAUUACGCCACUUGAUGUCAUCAAAUGCAACAUGCAGAUUGAUCCACUGAAGUACAAGAACAUAACUUCAGCUUUCAAGACAACAAUCAAAGAGCAAGGGCUUAAGGGUUUCACCAGAGGCUGGUCACCAACGCUUCUUGGUUACAGUGCCCAAGGAGCUUUUAAAUACGGUCUCUAUGAGUACGCCAAGAAAUACUACUCAGACAUUGUUGGACCAGAAUACGCAGCUAAAUACAAGACCUUGAUUUACCUCGCUGGCUCAGCCUCUGCAGAAAUCGUCGCUGAUGUGGCUCUUUGUCCAAUGGAAGCUGUCAAAGUCAGGGUCCAGACUCAGCCUGGUUUCGCCCGCGGUUUAUCUGAUGGUUUACCAAAGAUCAUCAAAUCCGAAGGCUUCCGCGGGUUACACAAAGGACUUGUUCCUCUCUGGGGACGCCAGAUUCCAUAUACGAUGAUGAAAUUUGCUACUUUUGAAAACACUGUGGAGCUCAUAUACAAGAAAGUGAUGCCUACCCCAAAAGAAGAGUGCUCAAAGCCAGUUCAGCUCGGAGUUAGCUUUGCAGGUGGAUACAUUGCUGGAAUAUUCUGCGCCAUCAUCUCACAUCCUGCAGAUAAUUUGGUGUCUUUCCUCAAUAACUCUAAAGGAGCAACCGUUGCUGAUGCAGUAAAGAGGCUAGGGUUAUGGGGUAUGUUAACCCGUGGCCUUCCUCUUCGCAUUUUCAUGAUAGGAACACUCACUGGAGCGCAGUGGGUUAUCUAUGAUGCUGUCAAAGUUUUAGCUGGAUUGCCAACCACUGGUGGUGCUUCUCCAGCUACUGCGCUUGCUCCAUCUGUAAGUGCAUAAAAUUACAAGAAUAUUCCUCGCGUAGCCGUCACGUUAGAGCAAUAAAAGGGAAACAGAACUACCAGUUAUUUUUCUUAAUUAUUUUGUUUCUGUUGUCUAGUAUAGAACAAAAAUGGUGUUCACUACAUACAUCUAGCUAAUAUGGAAGUCAUUUAAAAUAUCAUUUGCAAUACAAGUAUAGAACCAAUCUAAGAGGGACAACAACUCUUGAGAUGGGCUUACUUGAAAGAUUU